AUGGAGACCCCCUCUAACUCUACAAUACCAAUGAACCAGUCUCCUGAGAAUAUCAUUGAGAUAACUACUCCUACUACACUUGUGAAUUUAGAGGAUAAAUCUACUGGAUACCAAUUAUCUUUCAGGCAGAAUUGUGGAAAGCCACCAAACCAUUAUUCACCUGAUAUUGGCAAGACAUUAAAGUAUCCAAUUGCGAAUCAUGUAUCCACUAAGAAGUUGUCUGAACCACUCAAGGCCUUUAGGCAUCAGUUGUCUGCUAUUCAUAUCCCAACUAAGGUUGCUGAAGCAUGA